AUGGAGCCAUGCAGCGAUCACGUCGUCAGCUUUAUCUCCGCCGUCUCAACUCCUCCAGCACAGGCUGCACAGCAGCAAGGUGGGGUUCAGGAUGAGGUGAUCACGUUCCACGCGGAGCACCUCCGGCAAAGCUCGGCGGUUGGAGGGACUCGAUACGAGGAACAUCAACAUUGUCUCGUGACAGCGAACUACCGACAACAUACUGCAGAAGACAUGUCACUUCCUGGCCUCUCACUCCCUGGACUACGAGCGACACCAUCCACAUCAACACCACUCCCAGGCGCACAAUCGACUUCAGCACCUCCACGAACAGAAACCCUCCAACCCAAACAAGAAUGGCGUUUUGAAGUCUCCUUCUCCCAAAAAUACCACAUCAAAGUCGAACACGGCCACGCAGAACUCUUCGGCGUCGAGCUCGCCCAGAAACAACUCUACACCUUCUCCGGCUGCAAAGGCGCCAUUCUCUCCUGGCAAGGAUGCCAACUCGAAAUCAGUGGCAACGCCGAAAGCGAAUAUGCCGGACAAGAAACUGAAUACGCCGACGAAUGGCUCAACGUUCACGGCUGGCUCAGCAACCUGCGCGUUCAAAGCAGCGGCGAUGGGCCUCGCGUCCUAGUCGUUGGCCCAGACUUCGCCGGCAAAAGCAGUCUCGUCCGCAGCCUCGCAGCCUGGGGCGUUCGAACAGGCCACUCGCCCACAAUUCUCAACCUCGACCCUCGAGAAGGACUCCUCGCACCACCCGGCAGCCUCACAGCCGUAACCUGCGACUCGCAAAUGGACGUCGAAACCGGCUACGGCAUUGGCCCCAUGUCUGGUCCCACCGUCUCGCCAAUCCGCACACCUUUGAUCUACAGCUUCCCCUUCGCCUCCCCCACCGAAUCACCCUCCGUCUUCAAGGCCCUCAUAACCCGCAUGGCCCUCUCCGUAACCUCCCGCCUCGAAGACUCCGCGCCCAUAAAAAGGUCCGGCCUCAUAAUCGACACACCCGGCACCCUCAACGACCCCAAAUCCUCCUACGACCUCAUCACCCACAUCAUCUCCGAAUUCAGCAUAAACAUGGUCCUAACCCUCGGCUCUGAACGCCUCACCGCCGACCUGACCCGCAAACUCUCCACCCAAAAGGACGACGACCCCAUCACAGUCCUGCGCAUAACCAAACCCUCCGGCGCCGUAGAACGCGACAGCACCUUCCUCAAAACGCUCCGAACCCAACAACUACGCCACUACGUCUUCGGCUCCGCCACGGAGACCCUAGCACCGCACACUCACACCAUCAAGUUCGACAAUGUAGACCUCUUCCGCGUCAAAUCAGGCACCGCCUCCGUUCCCGACGAGACGUCUUUCGGCGGAGCAGGCGAUGACGAUGACGAUGACUACGACGUUCCAUACGCGAACAGCAAACCCACCAGUAAAGCAACGUUCGAAAAGAUCACGCCCUCGGCGGCGAUGACGGGAGGAAUGGUGGCGAUCAAGUUUUGUCCUGGGAGUAGUGAUGAGCAGACGGUGAGGGAUAGUGCGGUGAUGGGUUUUGCGUAUGUCUCAGAAGUCAAUGAGGCGAAGAGGAAUGUGAGGUUUCUGGCGCCGCAUCCGCAGCAGUGGGGGAACAGAGCGUUGGUAUGGGGUCAUGGGUGGCCUGAAGCUGUGGCGGACUUGGUGGCAUGA